AUGCCUAGCCUCAUAGCAUCGAUACUAUUGGCAGCCUCGGUGGCUGCCGCAGAGCCACAGGUUCUCACAGACCGGGGCACUUUUGGUCCUCCUCUGCAGAUUGCACACUACUACUACGGCCAGAUGCCGACGGGCAUCGCCGUGUCACGCGAGAGCCGGCUUUUCUCAACCUACCCGGCAUGUCUGGACGGAAACAACACAAACACGCCGCAGACGCCAAACAAGUACCAAGUCGCCGAGUUGAUGCCCGAUGGCUCCGAGGUUCCAUAUCCAUCCGUCGAGAUGAACUCUCCUCCUGGCGGAGCACUCAAUAUGAGCACGAACCCGUCGACCUCGGCCAACUACGACAAUUAUCUGAUUGGUUGUCAGAGCGUCAUCGUGGAUAGCCAGAAUGUGCUAUACAUCUUGGAUUCUGGUCGAGCUGUUGACCCCGAUUCCGGGGCCACCUUGAGCGCAGUCUAUGGAGGUCCCAAAGUCAUUACUGUCGAUUUGAGUACCAACAAGGUCAUCCGCACCUACAAAUUUCCUCAAACCGUCGUAUACAGUGACUCCUUCCUCAACGAUAUUCGGGUAGACCGGACGCCUGGCCUUUCAGGGCUCACGAGUAAUGGAAGCGAGGGCGUCGCCUACAUUACCGACUCUUCUUUGGAAGGUCGAAAUGGUUUCGUCAUUCUCGACUUGACCAGCGGAGAGAGCUGGCGCCAUCUGGACAAUGAUCCCCGGGUGCGUGCGCAACAGCAGGUCGUACCGUGGGUUCAUGGCAACCCCGUCCUAUUCGCACCCCCGGGACAGCCUUACAGCCGCGCCGCGAUUGGCAGCGAUGGCAUCGCCUUGGGGGCUGACGGCAAGGACCUAUACUUUAGUGUCAUCAGCGGACGCGAGCUCUUCUCCGCCCCAACGGCAGCUUUACGCGCCCACGAUGCAAGUAGCGAGCUGGUGCUGGCGGCGAGCAUUACCAACAAAGGCGAAAAGGGCAUCAGCGACGGUCUAGAGACGGAUAGCAACGGAGUCAUCUACGCAGGCAACGUCGAGCAGGAAGCCGUGGUGUCCUACUUCCCUGGCAACUCCUCGGUCCAGACGUUUGUGCGCGAUCCUCGGAUCAACUGGGUCGAUACUUUGAGCAUUGGCUGGGACGGCUUUCUGUACUUUACGGUCAAUCAGGUCCACCUGAUGCCCAACUUCUACCCGGGUACUGAGCGUCGCCAGCACCCGUACGUCUUGUUCAAGGUCCAGCUCCCCGAUGGCGGUAGUAAGGCUGGAUUGGCCUCAAACGCGACCGGGUUGGCCUCGAACGCGACCAGCUUGUGCUGA